AUGCCUUCGUUCAAGUCUACUCUCGUUUCUGCUCUUGCCCUCGUGCCCGCACUGGUUGCGGCCGAGCUGUCCGGCUCCGUCGGGCCCCUCACUUCUGCCUCGGACAAGGGCGCCACCAAGACCUGCGAUGUCACCGACUACGGCGCCAAGGCGGACAAGACCACCGACCUCGGUGUCGCUCUGGCCUCCGCUCACGCCGACUGCAAGGCCGGCGGUCUGGUUGUCAUCCCCGAGGGAGACUAUGCCAUCUCGACCUGGGUCAAGCUGGCCGGCGGUGCCGCAUGGGCCCUGCAGAUUGACGGCACCAUCUACCGCACCGGCACCGACGGCGGCAACAUGAUCUUCAUCGAGCACACCAGCGAUGUCGAGGUCUUCUCCAGCACCGGCAAGGGUGCCUUCCAGGGCAACGGCUACGAGUUCCACGCCGACGACUCCAUCUCUGGCCCGCGUAUUCUCCGCUUCUACGACACCACCGACUUCUCCGUCCACGAUCUCGCCCUGGUUGAUUCGCCCUCUUUCCACUUCUCCAUCGACACGUGCAAGAACGGCGAGAUCUACAACCUUGCCAUCCGCGGCGGUGACCACGGCGGCCUGGACGGCAUUGAUGUGUGGAGUGACAACAUGUGGAUCCACGAUGUCAUGGUCACCAACAAGGACGAGUGCGUCACCGUCAAGUCGCCCGCCCACAACGUGCUGGUUGAGAACAUCUACUGCAACUGGUCCGGCGGCUGCGCCUUCGGCUCCCUGGCCGAGGACACCGACAUCUCCGACAUCACCUACCGCAACGUCUACACCGUCAACUCCAACCAGAUGAUGAUGAUCAAGUCUUACGGCGGCAGCGGUUCCGUCUCCAACGUCGUCUUCGACAACUUCAUUGGCCGCGGCAACGCCUACUCGCUCGACAUUGACCAGUACUGGGCCUCUAUGAGCGAGGCCUCGGGUGACGGCGUCGCCCUCAACAACAUCACCUUCAACAACUGGAAGGGCACCUGCGCCAACGGCGCCCAGCGCGGCCCCAUCAAGAUUGAGUGUGCCGACGGCGCCCCCUGCACCGACAUCACCGUCACCGACUUCUCCAUGUGGACCGAGUCGGGCGACAGCAUCUUCUACAGCUGCCGCUCCGCCUAUGGCGAUGGCGCUUGCCUCGAGUCGUCUGGAAGCUCGGCCUACGACACCGUCACCACCACCAUUGACGCCGCUCCCUCCGGCUACACCGCCGCCAGCAUGCCCGACGACAUCGAGGACUCGCUUGGCUUCACCGUCUCCAUUGAGAUCCCCUCGCUGCCCGCCUCCUACUUCCCCAACGUUGCUCCCAUCUCGCCGCUCUCUGGCGCCACCGCUGCUGCCGUCGCCGUCAACGCCGCGGCCAGCUCCUCGUCUGUCGCUCCUGCUACCCCGGCUGCCACUACCCCUGCCGUCUCUACCCCUGCCGUCUCUACCCUUGUUACCUCGACCAAGGCUGCCACCUCCGCCGCGCCCGCCACGUCUGCUGCCGCUGCUACCGCUGCUCCUUCGGCUCCCGCUAACAACGGUGGCUGGGGCAACUGGGGUGGCUGGGGCAAGUGGGGUAACCAGGUCAAGAACUAA